AUGAGCCUCUCCUGGAGUUUCAUCGUCAUGAGCGCAGCUGUCCCCCAGGCCACGCCCCAGGCAUUGGGGCAACUUUACGCAGCCCCCGCGCACUCAGGCUGUUGCAUACAAGGACACUGCAAUCCCGGGGGCUUCAUUAACGUAGUUAGCGAUAUAACGGCGGCAGCUUCGUCCCCGGUGUUUGCCUCGCCCUCGCCUGAACCACAGAACCAUUACGCAGGAACUGUGAGCUGCACCAUGGCGCAGAGUCAACACGAUAUAAACCACAUGUAUGCUCCAACGUCUUACUCUUGUAGCAGGGAAAUGUACCAGGACCAAUCAAACUACCUGGCAACGUCGACCUGCCCCAUGUCCUACCCACAGCCGUCCCACUCCUACACGUCACCAAAGUCGACAGUGGACAGCACGCUCUUAACCAUCAUGCCUGAGUACAGCGGGUUCUACCAGCCAAACUGCCAAAGGGACAUCCAGGCUUUUCCUGACAGGAAAGGGUUACCAUAUUCACUGGACUCUCUGAGGGUUCCACUACCUCUGACACCUCUGAACACAAUAAGGAAUUUUACACUUGUGGUACCUGCGACAGAGGGCCCUUGUCUACCCAAUCCCUACAACACUCCGAAUGUACCCCUGAGGCCAAUACCGAGACCGAGAAAGUAUCCAAACCGCCCGAGCAAAACGCCUGUCCAUGAGCGACCAUACCCUUGCCCGGCAGAGAGUUGCGAUAGGAGGUUCUCUCGGUCGGACGAGCUGAGCAGACACGUCAGAAUCCACACAGGGCACAAACCCUUCCCAUGUCGGAUCUGCAUGCGCAGUUUCAGUCGCAGCGACCACCUCACUACGCACAUUCGCACACACACUGGAGAAAAACCAUUUUCCUGCGACCACUGUGGAAGAAAGUUUGCCAGGAGUGAUGAAAGAAGGAGACACACGAAAAUCCACUUAAGACAGAAAGAGAAAAAGUCAUCAUAA